UAUGUUGAAUGUCAACAAGUCAAUUGAAGGAGAAAAGAAGAGAUCAAGAUAUCAACAAGUUGGAAUGGGGAAAUACAAGGUUCCAAUAUUGUUGCUUUGUGUGUUCUUUAACUUGCACCAUAAUGCAAGAACAUAUUCACCUUUAGAAAGAGAAAUCGAAGCCAAAUUGAAGCUCUUAAACAAGCCUGCAGUGAAAUCAAUCAGGAGUCAAGAUGGAGAUAUUAUUGACUGCGUCAACAUCUACGAACAACCGGCUUUUGAUCAUCCUGCCUUAAAAAAUCAUAGUAUUCAGAGGGUGCCCAAUUUUCUUCUUGAAUCACAAAUCUCAAGGACAGGAGAUGGUUUCAACGUCAGCUCAGAUGUUUACCAGACAUGGCAGAAAAGUGGAAGUUGUCCAGAAGAAACUGUCCCUAUUCGAAGAAUUCGGAAAGAAGACUUGUUGAGAGCUGUUUCACUUGCUCGCUUCGGACAAAAACCUCCUGAAGUAUUUGUGAAUUCAAUAAACCCCACAAACCUUAAUUUCUCCAAUCUAAACGCCAAUGAUGGUGUAGUUGAUCUGAAAAAUCGCUCGGAUGCACUUCUUGUGGCAUAUGCAUUCCAAUUUAUAGGGGCACAAGCGAAUAUUAAUGUGUGGAAUCCAAAAGUUGAAAAACCAGAAGAUUUUACUACUGCUCAAAUAUGGCUUAAGGCUGCCAAUGGUCCUGAUAAUUUUGAAAGCAUCGAAGCAGGCUGGACGGUUAAUCCAAAGUUGUAUGGUGACCAUAAUACCCGUUUCUUCGUCUAUUGGACUAAAGAUACAUACAAGUCAACAGGAUGUUUUGAUCUUACUUGCAAGGGUUUUGUGCAAACAAACAAGGAUAUAGCGCUUGGUGCUACCCUAGGACCUGUUUCAGUCCCUUCUCACCAACAAUAUGAAAUCAACGUUGGAAUAUUUCGGGAUAAUUCUGGAAACUGGUGGCUUAAAGUGAAGAAUAACAUUCCUGUAGGUUAUUGGCCAAAAGAGUUAGUGAGUAACCUACAAAGUUCUGCAUCAUUGGUUCAAUGGGGUGGACAAGUGUUUAGUUAUGAGGUCAAAAAAACUCCUCACACUGGAACACAAAUGGGUAGUGGAGAAGAAGCAUAUAAUAAAUUUGGGGUUGCAUGUUACAUGGGUGGUGUGAGAAUCAAAGAUAAUUCGCAAGCACUUAAGUACCCAUCAUUUGUAAGUACACAUGCUAUAGAACCAUAUUGUUACAGUGCCUUCAAUGAUGCUCCAUAUGGAAAAGAUCCUGUAUUCUAUUUUGGAGGUGCUGGACGAAGGCCUCCUCAUUGUCCUUGAACCCAUAUAUGUAUUGUGGAUGUGGUUGAUUUCUAUAUUGGACGCUAAAAUGUGUUUGAUGAUUAAUAAAGAUACAUAUUAUGUUUCUC